AUGAAGUUCAGCCCCCAGUACAUCAGCACGUUCCGGGACGAGGAGCACGCCGACGCCGGCGACAGCGGCGGCCACGAGGGUGACGUGGUCGGAGAUGACGCCGCGCUGCAAGACGCCGGCGCUGAGGCCGCCGACAACGGGAGCGAGGCGCCCGCAUCCGACCAGGGCUCUGACAUCAGCUCUGACGAGGGCUCCUACGGCGGCCCCGACCAGGGCUCCGACAUCAGCUCUGACGGGGACUCCACCAGCGGUACUGACGGCGGCCAUGACGACACCUCGGACGACGGCUCUGCCGCGGCUGCUGUACACGGACAGGACGGCGUCGCGAACGACGAAGCGGGCGGCGACGGGGGAGAGCCCGAGGGAGGCGAGGCGGUCGGCGCGAGCGACCAGGUCUACCACGACGGGCGUGCGGCGCCCCAGUACGGCGAAAGGAUGCGCCCGAUCCCGCGUGGCUUCGACGUCUAUCAGGAGAACACGGACAACCUCGCCGGCCAGCAGCAGCCGGCUGCACCCGCAGUGGAGGAGGCCGCCGACGACAGCCAAAAUAUGGAGGACAUGAUCGUUUCUGAAGAGGCCAGCUCUUCAGCAUCGCCCCCCGCAUCAAAUACCGAAGAGGACGGCUCCGGAGCCGACGGCUCCGCCCCCGUCGACACCUCGCCGCCCGUCGUCACGCCGUCACCAUACUACCUGCCCGUGUUCCGGUUCCCCCACCCCGUGCCCGCCUUCGGCAUCCGCAAGACCUUCUACCGCGAGAAGAACGAGGGCUACCGCACGGUGGAGACGCACAAGGCGCACCAGAGCACGCGCACCGCCACCAACACGGACACCGGCGAGAGCGUGCGCCUGGAGCGCGUGCGCGAGCCGGUGUGGGCGGUGGUGCGCGGCGGCGGCCGCCUGGUACCGGCCUAUGUCACCCGCUCCUACGUGGCGCGGCCGGGCGUCGUCGCGGCCACCGCGUACGGCGACGCCGUGGCCACCGAGGAGCGACGGUGA